AAAAUUCUUUAUAUAUUCAAUUUGCUUAAAAUAAGGUUGUUAUUAUUGGCUAUCAAACCAUUUUGAUAUGAUAAUAAUUAGAAAGUAAAAGUAUUUUAUUGAAACAAGUCAUCAGAAAAUGGAAAAAACCUAUAUUUCAAAAGACAGAUAUCUUGGGUGAGGAGUGUAGAAAAAUAAAAUAAUAAUAAAUAAAAUAACUUUUUCAAAUGGUUACUUAAAUACCAAACUUUUUAAUUUCUUCAAUCCUUUUUUUAGCUUUAGCCUGGGUGAUAUUGCUAUUUCCAUUCAAAUAUAUUUGUUUGCAUUCAAAAUGCUUUUUAAAUUUGGCAAUAUUUAAUAUAUAAUCUAAUGCUUUUUCAGUUAAUGUGUUGGAUUGUAGAUGCAAUGCUGUAACACUGUAAAAUAUACUUAACCUCAAUACCUAGAUUCUUCAAUAACUGAGAGUAACUUAGCAAAAAGAUCAUCUGUAAUUUUACAUUUACUCAUUUUUAAGACUUUGACAAUUUUUUUAUUUUUUAGUGCUUCAUCUAUAGCUAAAAUCAAUUGUUCUGUCACAUCUAAGAUAGUUUAAUUUUUACCAAUAGUAGAAAAGUC